AUGCGAAAUGCUGAUCAGGAGCUGGCUUUGCUUGAUGUGAGAUUCAACUCCCUGGAUUCACUAACUGGAAGUGACAUGCCAAUAGCUGCGUCAGGAGGAACCCUUCCCCCUGUCAGUACGUUGACUGCUCUUCACAGUUUACCACACAACCCGCACACUGUGGCCCAGCAGACCCAGAACCUCAUCAUGGCUUCCUUACCCAGCGUCAUGGCCAUAGCACCAAGUGAGUCAACCUGUCUGUCGCCCGCACUCACUAAUGGAGGAGCUUCUACAUUGGUCAUCGGCCUCGCCACGACUCAAGCUCAGAACGUUCCGGUCAUUAACAGCAUGGGCGGGAGCCUGACGACCCUUCAGCCUGUGCAGUUUCCGCAGCAACUGCAUGCCCACCACCAGCAACCAAUCAUGCAUCAGGUCCAGGGUCACAUGGCUCAGAGUUCAUUCAUGGCUACAAUGGCCCAGCUUCAAAACCCACACGCGGUGUACAGCCACAAGCCCGAACUGUCACAGUACCACACUGGCCUCUUCCCACAGACUAUGGUCUUUACAGAUGCCAGCAAUCUUAGCAGCUUGACCAGUCUCCCCAUGGCAAAGCAGGUUCUGACACUAAAUUCGGAAAGCCAGUCGGAAAACCAGAUCAAUACUUCAGUGCAACAGGUCCCCUUGCAGAAUCUGGAUGGUUCCAUUCAACAUAUCCAUCGGGUCUCUGCAAGCCCAGCCAUUACCACAGUUUCCUCAGGUAGUCUGGUCAUGUAUCAAAACACAGAGCCAACGGAUGGCCAUAGCCACCUUCUGUCACCGAGUCACAGCAGUAUAGAGACCUUCAUUCCAGCGCAGAUGUCCUCUACUGCACCGUAACCAUGCCAACCAAAGCGGACUACCUUGUAACAUGCUUUAGGCCUGGAUCAAGCUCUGAGGAAAAAGAAGGCAAGAGGAGUUAAACUGCACGUGGGCAGUUGGUUUUCAACAAAAGCC